UCGUGGACGCGCCGCCGAGCGGGCAGGAGAGGAGAGGAACGGACGACGAGUCGAGCCGCGCGACGAGACGAGCCGAGCCGAGGGGAGCUUCCCCCCCAGUCAGUGUUGUGUUGUGAGCAGCAGUGUGUAUCAGCCGUAGCGGUGCGUCGCCGUGAGUGACGAGAGAGUGCCACGCGAGAGUGUGCCGCGAGUGAUCGAAGUGUCCCCAGUGAGCAGUGCGGGAGCAUGCGGCGCCAGCCCGCCACGCCGCGAGUGACAUGAGGGCGCGGGCGCUGUGCCUCCUGCUGGCGCUGUGCGCGGCCCUACCCUCCCCCCUCCCGCUGGCCGCGGCGUGCGGCCCCGGCCGGGGCGCCGGGCGGCGGCGGGGCCCUCGCAAGCUCACGCCCCUCGUCUUCAAGCAGCACGUCCCCAACGUGUCGGAGAACACGCUGCCCGCCAGCGGGCUGACGGAGGGCCGCGUCACCCGCGACGACAAGCGCUUCAAGGACCUGGUGCCCAACUACAACCCGGACAUCAUCUUCAAGGACGAGGAGGGCACGGGCGCCGACAGGCUCAUGACGCAGCGCUGCAAGGAGAAGCUCAACACGCUGGCCAUCUCCGUGAUGAACCAGUGGCCCGGCGUGCGCCUGCGCGUGACCGAGGGCUGGGACGAGGAGGGCCCGCACGCCACUGACUCGCUGCACUACGAGGGCCGCGCCGUGGACGUGACCACCUCGGACCGGGACCGCUCCAAGUACGGCAUGCUCGCCAGGCUCGCCGUGGAGGCGGGCUUCGACUGGGUGUACUACGAGAGCCGCGCGCACAUCCACUGCUCCGUCAAGUCAGAAUCCUCGCAGGCCGCUCGGUCUGGCGGUUGCUUCCCCGCCGACAGCGUGGUGCGGACACCGGAGGGCGAGAAACGCAUGUCGGAGCUCCGCGUCGGCGACUCGGUCCUGGCGAGGGACGACGCGACGGGUCGACUGUCCUUCAGCGAGGUGCUCAUGUUCAUUGACCGGACGCCCGACGAGCGGCGGCAGUUCCUGCGCGUCCGGACGGCCAGCAACAGGACGCUGACGCUCACCCCCACCCACCUGGUGCCCGUCGUCAGGCGGCGGCCGCAGCGGCAGAGGCCGCGGAGGCCGGAGGACGCCAACAGCGUCGAGGACGUGGACGACGCCGUCGAGACGGAGUUUGCGGAACGUGUGGUCCCCGGCGACCGCGUGCUCGUGCCGGGCGCCACGAAGCACGACAGGGCCGCCACUGCGCAGGACGCGGUGCUGGACACAGUGGUCGACGUGCAGCUGGUGCUGGAGGAAGGCGUGUUCGCGCCCCUCACCCGGGCCGGCACCGUGGUGGUGGACGACGUGGUGGCCUCGUGCUACGCCGUCGUGGACUCGCAGCGCCUGGCGCACUGGGCUUUCGCCCCCAUCAGGGUAUGGUUCAAUCUCAAGGACGCCAUGCUCAGGCUGGGCAGGACGCUGUCGAGCCCUCUGAGCAAGCCGACCGUCAGAUCGUCGCCGCAGCCCGCCCCCGGCGUGCACUGGUACGCCGACACCUUGUACUCGGUGGCCAGGAUGACCCUGCCCGACAACUGGCUGCACCAAUAGGCGCCGCGCAGCGCCCUGUAGUACGCAGCAGAGACAACGCGCACCAGUGAUGUUGUACAAAUUACAUUCCAUCCUCGUCCUUAUUUAAUGUUUGUUGUUAAUCGUGUAUUUAUGAGAGUAUAAGUGAAGGGGGCGGUCGAAGGGAACGGGUCUCAAACGGCUUCCCCGGCACGGCAGGUGGAAAAGGGAGGGGAGGGGAGGGGGGAUGAUCCCGAGGCUAGCGUCUAGCUAGCCUGCUGGGAUCGCCCCGUGACGUUUGAUCCAGUCGCUCGGGUCUAAAAGACUCUGGGGCUGGGGUUGCGCCACGUGUCACGGUCCGUGGCGGGGGAAGCGUUUGGACGUCAUCGAAAGGACCAAAAAUAUGUGCGGCUCUCGGGCCGCAUAACCACAUGUUACCAUAUCGGCUAUAGGACAAUUAGACCUCGGUGUGUGCAAGGCACCUGUACCGGUACUUUUUUAUUUUAAUUUAUAUUAGAUAUCUGAUUAAUUCAAAUGUCCAUAUUGUGUAGAAAGAUAACUUAUUUAUUUCUUAAUGUGAUUCAAUAGCUUUCGGUAGUGUGCAUUAUAUAAUUUAUUGAUGGGGCUAGCCUGUGGAUGGCAAAGCUGUGUAUUUGUGAAAGAUUGACAAAAUGUACUUUGGGUAGAACUUCAGUGCCAGUUUUGAGUUAAGUUACGAGUUCACUUGUUCAUGAUCAUUUUACCCUGUAAAACAUUGUGUUCUAUGUGUUAAAUGAGAUCUCUGAAGAUUGUUUUUAUGCUCUGUCUAGAUAAUUCAGUAUUAAUUAGUAUUCAACUAUUUGAAUGUUUUGUUUUUAAAUAAUGUUGAAUUCUAAUAGGUCUCAUGUAUAAUUCUCCACAUACCCUGUAAUAGACUUGUCAAUUUGUCACCUGAUUUAAGUCAGAGAAAAGAAUCUCUAAUAUGUAAGCAAAAGAGUUAUACAACUUCACCACCGUUGAAGUACAUUGAAUAAUAGUCAUUCUUUAGUCAUUUACAAAUAGAGCAGUUUUUUGUGUACUUAUGUAUUCUAGUUGUGUAUAAAUGUAUUUUCUGUAUUAUAUCAAGAGAUAUCCUUACCCUGCAAGUGAUAGAGAAGACUUAAUUUGUAUAUUUUAUUGAAUGUAGAUCUGUGAGAUCGCCAUUCUAAUGUCUGCAAAAAAUGUAGAUUUUGAGCAUGGGUUUAAAAAGUUGAUUAGUCUUUGUUAAAAUGUAUAUUUAAAAGGGUAUUUAAAAACGUACUUGGCACAAAAUGUGCUAUAUUUAAUUAUGGUAUACCUGUUUGUAUGUAAUUAUGUCAUAUGUAUAUGUUCAUUUAUAUAUCUCCAUGAGAAUAGAAUCAUUCCAAAUUAAUAAUAAAACAAAUUGCCAUC